CAAGGAAAAGAAGAAAAAAACCUCCAAACAGAGAAACAGAGAAAUUUCGUGCUGUCACGACAACAUUAGACAACGAAGUGCACGUUGUGGUUGGUUCUCUGUAUAUUCAGUCCCCUUAGCUUCAAAUAAUAGUAACAAACUCUCCCUUGGAAUAUAAUCCAAUAGAGACUUGUAUUAUUAAUCUCCUUCUUAAUACUCCACUUCUCUCCUCUUUUUUCUCUUCCAUAUUCCAUACUAAUUCUCUUUUGUUCAUUGAAAACACAAUCUUCUUAAUCUUGUUUGCAUUGUUAUUAUCAUUAUUAUACAGAUGAGGACGUUGUGCCCAAAUUUGGAUAAUGAAGAUGGGCUUGAAACUGUUCUUGAAGUUCCUAUUCCAGAAGAAAUGUUUGUGAAUGCUCAUAAGCAUAAGUCAUGGCAAAACAUGAAAUCUUGGAUCAAAAAUCAUAGUCCUCAUGAUAAAUCAAUUAUUCAUGCUGAUUCAGUUAUUGGUGGAAGAAAUGCUGAGAUUCAACUAUUGCUUGGUGUUGUUGCAACUCCUUUGAUUCCUCAUCCUAUUCAAUGCAACCACUCUGUCCAAACGAUUAAUGACCAUCCCAUUGAGGCUUCAAUGGCUAAAUACAUAGUGCAACAAUACAUAGCAGCCGCGGGAGGAGAACAUGCUCUGAAUUCAAUUAAUAGUAUGUACGCGAUGGGGAAGGUGAAGAUGUUGGCGUCUGAAUUUAUUGAAGGAGAUGGUCUCGGAGUGAACAAUGGCAAAGUUAUGAAGAUCAAGAGCGCGAAAAAUGGCGCUGGAGAAAUGGGAGGAUUCGUGUUGUGGCAGAAACGACCUGAUCUUUGGAGCAUAGAGAUAGUGGUUUCAGGAUGUAAAAUCAGUGCUGGAAGUGAUGGUAAGGUGUCUUGGAAGCAAACUCCGUGGCAUCACUCUCAUGCAUCUCGUGGCCCUGCUAGGCCUCUUCGUCGUUCCUUACAGGGUCUUGAUCCAAGGUCUACUGCUGAUAUGUUCUCCAAUUCAACUUGCAUUGGCGAAAAAAAUAUAAAUUCUGAAGACUGCUUUGUACUAAAGUUUGAAGCAGAGCCCUCAACUCUAAAGGCAAGAAGCAGUAGCAAUGUUGAAAUUAUGAGGCAUACUAUUUGGGGCUAUUUCAGCCAAAGAACAGGACUUUUAGUCCAACUUGAAGACACACAUCUUCUAAGACUAAAAUCCCCAAAAAACGACGUCUUUUGGGAAACAACAAUGGAAUCAUCAAUCCAAGAUUAUCGAACAAUCGAUGGUGUUAACAUUGCACAUGCUGGAAAAACAUGUGUUUCUUUAUUCAGAUUCGGCGAAAACUCGGAAGGACACACCAGGACUAGGAUGGAAGAGGUUUGGACAAUUGAAGAAUUUGAUUUUAACAUAAAGGGACUAUCUAUGGACUGUUUUUUACCACCUAGUGACUUGAAGAAAGAAGAUGAUCAAGCUUGUGGGGGUGUUAUAAAUCAUGAUAUAACCAAGAAUUCAAGGUUUGUUUCCAAGAUUCUUGCCAAUAGUCCUAAAUCAAUAACUGCUAUGAAAGGAGCAGCCAAAAUUGUGGCUAUUGAUGAAGAUUCAGAAGACUUGUCAAUUUUAUAGUAAUACAAAUAUUCUGUGAUCAUUUUUGUACAUAGAGAAUCACAGGAUAUAUGUUGUGUAUAAAGUUUUCAUAUAUACAUACAUACACAUCUCAGUAACUCUGUUGAAGGUUUGGUUUGACAGUGAAUUACCAGGGUCGCAUAAUUGUUUAAUAUCCUUUGAUAAUGUAAAGAAUUUUUAUGCUAUAAUGCUAUUUUACUUGCA